GGCAAGCAAGCAAAACGAGAAGGGAAAGUUCUAACUUCCAAUUCCAAACCCCAAUACACACGACAUCGACGUCCCUGUCGUUUCGACUUUCGACUUUGAACAAAAAAUCGAGUCCUCCGUCAUUUUUUUUUUUAAUUUAAUUCUGUUUCUUCUAAGUGCUAACUGUUUCUCACACACACCACCGCACUUUCUUUCUCCUCCAAAAGCAGUUAGGUGCUCCUUCUAACGCUUCAGCUUACCUGCGAGAAUGGGGUGGGGAAACAUUUACAGAAGACGUGCUAGAGUAUUCACUAUGGCCAUAAUAGUAUACCUAGAUUAUAAGGGUGUACAACAGCGAGAUAAAUGGACUGCCAAAUCUAAACAAGCUGCAUUGUGGGAGAAGGCUCAUGAGCGUAAUGCUAAGCGUAUUCUAAAUUUGAUAUUAGAGAUGGAAGGCUUGUGGGUGAAACUUGGGCAAUAUAUGUCAACGCGUGCAGAUGUGCUUCCUACAGCUUAUAUACGUCUGUUGAAGCAGCUACAGGACUCUCUUCCUCCUCGCUCCUUGGAAGAGGUCUAUGGCACCAUACAGAAAGAGUUGGGGAAAUCAAUGGAUGAGCUAUUUGCUGAUUUUGUCAAUGAACCUUUGGCAACAGCAUCAAUAGCGCAAGUCCACCGUGCGACACUGCUCAAUGGACAGGAAGUUGUCGUUAAAGUUCAACAUGAAGGUGUCAAGACAGUCAUACUAGAGGACUUGAAAAAUGCGAAGUCAAUUAUUGACUGGAUUGCAUGGGCUGAGCCGCAAUAUAACUUUAAUCCUAUGAUUGAUGAAUGGUGCAAAGAAGCUCCUAAAGAACUUGACUUCAAUCAUGAAGCUGAAAACACUAGAACGGUGGCUAAAAAUCUUGGUUGCAGAAGCCAAUAUGAUAGAAAUAUGAAUGCCAAUCGGGUGGAUGUUUUGAUCCCAGAUGUAAUUCAGUCCACAGAAAAAGUCCUUGUUUUGGAGUACAUGGAUGGCAUUCGGUUGAAUGAUUUAGAAUCACUAGAAGCUUUAGGAGUAAAUAAGCAAAAGAUUGUUGAGGAGAUUACUCGUGCCUAUGCCCACCAAAUAUAUGUUGAUGGGUUUUUCAAUGGUGACCCUCAUCCAGGAAAUUUUCUUGUGAGCAAGGAAUCUCCGCAUCGUCCCAUUUUACUUGACUUUGGGCUUACGAAGAAACUAUCAAACACCAUUAAGCAAGCACUUGCAAAGAUGUUUUUAGCAUCUGCUGAGGGGGACCACGUGGCCCUUCUGUCUGCCUUUACAGAAAUGGGGCUUAAGUUUCGUCUGGACAUACCAGAGCAGGUAAUGGAGGUAACAACUGUAUUCUUUCGUGCGACAACACCGGCAAAUGAAUCCUAUAAAACAAUGAAAUCUCUGUCCGAUCAAAGAACCAAAAAUAUGAAGGUUAUACAGGAGAAAAUGAACCUUGACGAAAAAGAACUGAAACGUUUUAAUCCCGUUGAUGCAUUUCCUGGUGAUAUUGUAAUAUUUGGAAGGGUUCUUAAUCUUCUAAGAGGGCUUUCUUCCACCAUGAAUGUACGCAUAGUAUAUAUGGACAUAAUGAGGCCGUUUGCAGAAUCAGUUUUGAGUGGGUACAUUAAUAGAGGACCAUCAGUAAAUGAUAGAUGGAUUUUUGAUUCACCAGUCCAUUCUGAUGUAGAAGCCAAGCUGAGGAAACUUUUAAUUGAGCUGGCAAAUAAUGAUAAAAUACUUGGAAUGCAGGUAUGUGCCUACAAAGAUGGAGAGGUCAUUAUUGACACUGCUGCUGGAGUGCUUGGUAAAUAUGACCCCCGUCCGGUUAAGCCUGACAGCCUUUUUCCUGUGUUCUCUGUUACAAAGGGUAUCGCAGCAGGAAUGAUGCAUUGGCUGGUUGACAAUAGAAAACUAAACCUUGAAGAGAAUGUUGCAAAUAUUUGGCCAGCAUUUGGAUCAAAUGGGAAAGAUGUCAUUAAGGUGCAUCAUGUGCUUAACCAUACAUCUGGUUUGCAUAAUGCGAUGUCAGACAUAACUCAAGAAAACCCCCUACUGAUGUUGGAUUGGGAUGAAUGUUUAAAUCAGAUGUGUAUGUCAGUACCUGAUACCGAACCAGGCAAGGAGCAGUUUUAUCAUUAUUUGUCAUUUGGCUGGUUGUGCGGUGGAAUCAUUGAGCAUGCAUCUGGCAAGAAAUUUCAGGAGAUCCUUGAAGAAGCAAUAGUUCGUCCCCUCCACAUUGAAGGAGAGCUAUAUAUAGGGAUUCCCCCAGGGGUGGAAGCACGUCUUGCAACUCUGACUGUAGAUACAGAUGAUUUAAGCAAGCUCUCAGCGAUCACUGGUCGUCCUGAUCUCCCAUCGAGCUUCCAGCCACAACAAAUUGCUCAACUUGCAACCACUCUGCCUCCUGUUUUCAAUACACUGAAUGUUCGCCGUGCCAUCAUACCAGCUGCUAAUGGACAUUUAUCUGCCCGUGCACUUGCUCGUUAUUAUGCAGCCCUAGCUGAUGGUGGCAAGAUACCACCACCUCAUUCUUCUGCUUCUAAGCCAUUACUUGGAAGCCAUCCCCAGAUCCCUAAAUUGUCUUCUCAGAAAGCCCCCAAAAAGCGUACUUGUAUUGGACGAAAGGAAGCAACAUUACCUUCCAUUAUUGGUCCUAAAGGUUAUGAAAAGGUCUCUAAUUACGAUGAUUCUGAGGAUAAUGAGGGCAGAAGUACGAGCGGAGUUAGUAGCAGUAGUGAUGACAUUAGAGGUAGCAACAUGGAUAGUAAUCCACGAACCCAUGUUGCUGGUAAGAUCUAUGAGAAUCCUCGGAUUAUUGAUGAAUUCUUGGGUGCAGGAGAGUACGAGAAUUUGGCUUUGCCAAGUGGGGGUUUUGGCCUAGGAUUUAAGAGAUUUAGUUCUAAGGAUGGGUCAUCCAUUGCCUUUGGUCACUCGGGAAUGGGUGGGUCCACAGGUUUUUGUGAUGUCACAAACAAGUUCUCUAUUGCUGUGACACUGAACAAAAUGUCCCUUGGAGGUGUCACCGGAAAAAUUGUUCAACUUGUUUGUUCGGAGUUAAAGAUUCCAGUUCCCGACGAUUUCUUAAGAUUUGCUGUUGACCAAAGGGGACCCGAUGGGCAAUUAAAUAUGGGGAGGCCUCUGAUUAAUUGAGGAUGGAAGGAUUUUGUACCCCUUUUCCAUCAUACAUUUAUGUACAAUUUUUUUAUUUUCUUUAUGGCCUUGAUAAUUAUAUAUACUGUUAAUCUUUUGGGCCUCCACCCCCUCCCCCUCUCUCUGUUUUUUUGGCUCUUCUUGUAGUUAAGUAAUCUCAGUGAUGCAUGAGCUAAUUUUGCAUCCUGUUAUUGUUCCGAAGAAUCAUGUAUGCAAUUGUGUACCCAUGAUGUAAGUUGAACUCUUA